AGAACUUACGGAAAGGGAUGCAAGAUAUUUCAUGAGCAAAUUAUGGAUAAGGUGAUGAAACAUGUUUUUGUGGAGCAAGUUCAGAAUAUGGAUACAUAGUGUUUGGUUAGUCAUCUGUGGAUGGCAUCUUGUAUCCCAAACUCUCUAUCUUUCCAAGGGAGGAAGACAAGCCCAAAUUGCUUAUUCGGUUGGAACAUAGGCAGAAAAGGAGUUGCUGACAACAAACCUCAGAUUAACUACCAUGACAUUGAUCUCACUUUCUCAACUUCUCUGGUUGACAAAACAUUCUUAAAAGGGAAGGAGCUGAAAUGCUGCUACAGAGCUACAAUUGAUGGAUUCAGUGCAGCUGAUUUCCACAAUUGCUGUGACUUCAAGGGUCCAUGUGUGAUAAUUGGCUACACAAACAAAAAUUUCAAGUUUGGUGCAUUCAACCCUGAAGGUUAUAGGAGCACUGAUGACUACUAUGAUACAUUUGAUCCCUUUCUAUUUUAUUGGGCAGACAUUGAAGCUGAACCCAUCGUUUUACCCAAGGUUGGUGGAAGUGGUGCAGCCCUGUUUGAUUAUGCUCGCGGCGGGCCGCAGUUUGGGGCCGAUGGGCUUCUUAUUGGGCCUCCAUUAGCUCCGGUUAUGGGUGGUUUUGCAGGGCCUGAUACCAAUUCUGGGAUUGGUGACUUGAGACAAGCUAAGUCUAGAUUGGGACUGUCUUAUGCUAAGAGGGAGGAUGGUAAGGAGUCUAUUUUUGGUGAUGAGUCAAGGGCAGUUCUGCAAGAAGUGGAAGUGUUUUGCAGUCCCAAAAUUGCAAGCUUAUACUAGAAUUUUGUACAAAAGGUAAGUGGUACGUACUUCCUUUGAUCAUUAGUGUCUAUGGCCCUGCUUGACAGAGAUUAUGUAAAUAGUUUGUGACCUACUAUAAGUUAUUUUGAGUUCAUUUUACUAAA